AUGGAGAUUGUUAGGAAAAAGCUUAAAAUUGACAGAAUGAUUGUUGAUUGUGAAGGGGAAGGGAGGAAGAGAAGGGGGGGUCUUGUUUUAUGCUGGAAACAGGAAAUAGAUAUUCGUGUUACAACUUUCUCCCAAAAUCAUAUUGAUGUUAGAGUGAUAGAAACGGACGGAACUGAGUGGCAUUUCACAGGUAUAUAUGGUUUCCCGGAAGAGGAGAAUAAGGUGAAAACGGGUGCAUUGAUGGAAGCCCUUGCAAGGGGGAAUUAUGUCCCAUGGGUUUGUGGGGGGGGGGGGGGGGAUUUCAACCUCAUGUUGAUGACUCAUGAGAAAAAAGGGGGGGAUCACUUCAAGAUUCAUGAAGCAGAGAUUCUUCGGCGCGCUGUUGAUGCUUGCCACUUCUUUGAUAUGGGAUUUGUUGGGUACAAAUUUACUUGGAAAAACAACCGUGGCGAAGAAGCUAAUGUUCAAGAGUGCCUGGAUCAUUUUUUUGCUAACGAGGCAUGGAAGGAGAAAUUUUUGGGCUCUUAUGUAUCUCAUUUACCGAAAAGAAAAUCGGACCAUGUCCCGCUGAUACUGUACGUUAAAGGCUGUGUAGGCCGAACUGAACAAAGAAAAAAGACGAAACAAUUCAGAUUCGAGGCUAUGUGGCUCAGGGAGGAUGAAAGUGAGAAUGUGGUGAUGAAGGCGUGGAAUAAGGGUGAAGAUGCAAAGCAAAACUUGACGCGGACCACAAAUCAAUUGUCAGUGUGGAGUAGAAAAACAUUUGGAAACACAACGAAAGAGAUUCGAAAUUGCCAACAACAAAUGAAGGAGUUGAUGGAACAUGAGCCUACUGUUGAUGUGGUUGAGAGAAUGAGGGCUAUUGAUGCCCGAAUAGAGGAAUUAGAGCGUAGAGAAGAGGUGUAUUGGCACCAACGUAGCCGGCAGGACUGGUUAGCAAGUGGGGAUAAGAAUACUUUCUUUCUUUCAUCAGAAGGCAAACCAACGAGAACAAAGGAAUAG